CAGGGCGUCCUAGAUCAGUCGUCGGUCGCGCCAUGCCGGGUCGAGGAAGUCGUCAAGCCCUGCACCAACUGUGCGAUUCAGUGAGCGGCGCGAACUGGCGCCCGACGCGUUUCCAGGACGAGUUGACGGUGCUCCGUUACGCAUGCUGCGUCUGCCACGUCAUUCCGAAGACGACGGUCGUGCUGCCCUGUUCUCACAUUCUGUGCGAGCAGUGCCUGGCGGGGUGCGUCAUCCAAGAUGGCGGAAGCGUCUGUCCCAUUGACACAGAGCCAUUCAGCGAAGACGAGUGCCAGAAGUUGAAGCUUCCAGAGAAGAAGAAACGGAACCUGAAGGCCCACUGCUGGAACGAGGCCUACGGCUGCGAGUUUGUUGGAACCAUCGAGAACGUACUACAGCACUUCGACAGAGAAUGCGCUUUCCACGCCCUCCAGUGUACACGGUGUCAACAAAGAAUACUGCGUAUGGACAUUGCAGCACACUAUGUCGCCGGAUGCCCUCAAAAAGUUUCCUGUCAAGGUGGUGUACAGGCGGACAGACAAGAUGGUUCAUCAACUAGUUGCAACACGAUCCCUGACCUAGACAGCUUCUACGCCCUUCAAAGACAAUUGAACGAAGUCUCUGCGCGUUCGCAGGACAUCAGUCUUCUAAUCAGUGGAAUCGCAAAUAGUCUUCAACGUGGAAUGGAAAGUAUCGAGAAAAACAUCUGCACGACGGUCGCUCGAGACAUGAUAGCCGGUCUUGAAGAACUGAAGGCGUCGAACAAAGACGAGUGCAGUGAUAGCCUGCCAUCAUUUCAAAGCCAACUGAACGAACUCCUUGAAGAUUCACGUCAUCGCAAUGCGUCCCAUUUACAGGAAAUUGAGCGCAUGCUCAGAGGCGCCCACAGCGAAGUGAAGGAAGACAUGAAAUCUCAGUUGCAAGAAAUAUUACGUGUAAUAAGAGCAUAUCAAAGUGAAGUGAGAGAGACCGUGAAGACCCCGUUACAUGAAGUUGUUAAUGUGACGGAGGAGUUGAAGGAACAUGUCGGCAGAGUUGAGACCAAUCUGUCUUCAAUGCUGACGGAUCAAGGGCACUUUUUGGAAAAUGCGUUUGGUGUUACAGAACAGAAACAAACGUUUAACAGGUCUGCAGUUUUCGGGACUGAAGAGAUCCCAUGGCGCUUUAAGCAGGAUGUGUUGAUCGACGAAUCAUUGAAAACUCUUGAACUGCUGCGGCAUCAAAACUAUCGGCACGAAAAAGAGUUAUGGGUUUCGAAUAUUACCCAUUUCCCAAGUGGUUCUUGCACUUUUGGCGGCAAAGAUUUUCGACCUCGUGGCUUCGAAGUUACACUGGAAAAUGCUGGAAAUAUAUUUAACAAACGGGUAUUCACAGUCGCGAAACAUUACUACAGUGAUAUGUGUUUUGAGCUUAUCUUCUCAAGCUCGGAACGCUCUCCUUUUUUCUACGUGAAAGUAGAGUGCGUUAAGACAUGGGGAACUUACGACUUACCGUUCUUGGAACUUAGUGUAAAAGUGGUACGUAGAAGUUCUGGGGACUUCGUACUUUUUCUAAACCAAGGGGACACGAGGUGCAGUGAUUGCUGUUACAAGGGCAAUUUACAUUUUCUUGGCUGGUUUUCGAUAUCGAACGACAAACUUGGUAAAGACGACGUCGUGAAGGAUGGGAAACUUACACUAAAAUUUGAAUUCAGAGGAAGAGACAGUUAGGGUUUCCGGACCUCUGAGAGUCUACUUAUAAGAAAGGCAGCACUUUUCAUGUAAAUAUAAUCUGCGCAGUUUGCGACAACUGUAGCGACGUUACCUUGUUCGAAACUGUCCAACCUAUGUGGCAGGCCCGGGAACAUUUAGCUCAAGCGUGACAGCAUUUCACCUAAAGCUCUAAUUAGUGGAAAAAGCAGUGUUUGGCACUUGUCCUUGUAUGCUUUGUGGUGUGCAAUUGGGGUGUUUCCAUACAGUAAGGGUUAUCUUUGGUGUAUCUUUGGCCAGAGCGUUGUUACCGGUUAAGGCUCAAACGAGUGGAAAACUCGGAGCACUGGUUCUAGUAUGUGGUAAAGCCAUAGAGAAGUUGAGGAUGUGUACAAGCAGCUUUAAACUCUUCGAGAGUGAUCGGUUGUAUUGAUGCUGAUGAGUAGAGAAGUGCGCCUACACCACUGACCCCGCCUGGGCUUCAAAGGGUAAUAAUCAAAGCUUUUUUGCAAUGCUGAGCAAGGUUGAAUACUCUGCAGUGUACUUUGCUACAAAGAGGCGAUGUAACAGUUUAGUUGUUUUUGAAGCCUUGAAACCACUGCUGUAUGAAGUUACUCUAAUAAACUCCGUGUUGUUUUCUGCCUUGAGA